AUGGGCCUCGUCUCAGAGACAAGACAGGCAGUCAAAGAUUCGCCUAAGGGAAUCUUCAAUUGGUAUGUCUUGAUGUUCUCGGACGAAGUCUCAUAUCAACCAGGAAAUAUUGCCUCCGUUGUUGUACAACAUCAUUUCAUGAAGGCUUUUGGACUUGACACAGAGUCAGAGGACCAGUAUGCUAAUACAAAAGGAUGGCUGGUCUCUAUUGCAACGGCGGGUGCUGUCUUUGGAUGCCUUGGGUGCCUGCCCAUCACUGAUCGGUUUGGACGGCGGUGGGCUCUCCUCAUUGCGACAGUGAUCUACAUUGCAGGCAUUUUAGGCCAGGGUCUUAAUGGUGGAAAUCUCUCUGGGAUGUAUGCAUCCAGGUUCAUCGCGGGAAUCGGUAUCGGGGCGACGACUGUCAUUCCGCCUAUCUACAUCGCUGAGAUAGCACCUAAAGCUAUCCGUGGCCUUCUAACCCUGCAAUAUGCAGCAUGUCAACAACUCGGUGUUGUCUUUGGAUUCUUCAUUAACUACGGCGUGACCAAGAGGUACGCAAACACAGACACGCAAUGGAUGCUUCCAACCCUCCUCCAAGUCCUCCCCGCCGCAAUCUGGGGUCUAGGAAUCUUCCUCUGUCCCGAGUCUCCCCGCUGGCUUCUCUAUAUCGGCCAACGCGAGAAAGCCAUGACAUCCAUGUCGAAGCUACGCCAUCUCCCUAUCGACCACCCAGUCCUCCAGGCCGAAAUCUUGGGGAUGGAUGCAAGAAUCCUCCACGAAGCCGAAGCAACCAGCAACAGCAGCCAAUGGGAUCUCCUCAAAGAAACCCUAAUCCCAGUUGAAAAUAGACGCCGCUUCUUCCUAAUCUUCAUGGCAACGCUAUUCUCGCAAUGGUCCGGUGCAAAUGCAAUAACUCAAUACUCGCCCACGAUCUUCGGCUACCUAGGCAUCAACGGUGAUGAAGCCAAGUUCCUCGCGACGGGCAUCUACGGCGUCGUCAAAUUUAUCAGCACCCUCAUCUUCGCCCUCUUCAUCGUCGAUUUUAUCGGUCGCCGCCGCUCCCUUCUAACAGGAAUCAUCCUCCAAAUCGUAACGCUCGUGUACGUGGGUGGCUAUCUCGGCGGGACGAAGAACAUGACCCCGGAAUACAUCAUCAGUACCCCAACCGUCUCUCACGCGUCGACAGCAGCAAUCGUAGCGAUCUUUCUACACGCCGUGGCGUGGAGCAUCGGCUGGUUCAGCAUGCCAUACCUUAUCGGCUCGGAGAUCUUCCCGACGAAGAUCCGCUCGUUCAACAUGUCCGUGGCGAUGGGAUUCCACUGGGCAUUCUAUUUCGGGUGUUCACGGGCUAUGCCGAGUCUACUCGCUGCGAGUGAUAAGUGGGGUGCUUUUGUCUUUUUCGCUUGUAUUUGUUUGCUCUCUUUGGGUUAUGUUUUCUUCGCUAUGCCGGAUACGACGGGUCGAUCGCUUGAAGCGCUGGACAGUUUGUUUCAGAUGCCGUGGUAUACUGUGCACAAAGUUGCGUAUCCCAAUCAUGAGGAAGUCCAGAUUGAGCAGCUUGAUAAAGGGGGUCUUGCGGCUGAGGCUGAACAUGUCGAGUCUGCAUGA